UGAAAACAGGAGCAGUAGCGGCUUUACUUCGAAGGACCAAGUCGUUCCGUCUCACACUCCCAUGGUUUUACGUAAGAGAACGGGAAAAAAAACUAGAGAGCAUUUGUUCGGGCAGCCGAAUCCUUUUCCAAAGCUCAGAGGCGCAGGAUGGCAUUGUUGGAUUAUCUGUGAUGCCGGGUUCUGUGAGUUUCCUGUUCGCGUCUGUAGUUUUUUUCCCGUUGUCCACGUCAACUCGAGUUUCGUGGAAUUCUUCGCAUCCGUGGGAAGUGCGAGUUGGGGCCCUUUCUCCAAGAAUCGCUGAGUUUGGUCACAGGGUUGUUUUUUAUUCCCAUCGCUCUCUUACCGUUGUCACUGAAAAAGGAAGUCUAAGGUGUCCUCUGCCUGGUGUUUGCGGUUGUGGUGCGGAAACUGCAGGAUUUCCCUGCCGCAGUGCCGUUCCCUUAUGUGAGCGGCACCUUUUUGACGGCGCCCUGUCUCCUCGAAUCCUAACUUUUUCCUCGAAACGUCCAAUGGUGUCUACUGGUUUUUCUUCUUCGCUGCGUUUCGUGCAAUGGCGUUUCAAAGGCAGCAACACGCCGUAUGCGCCGGUGUCUUUGCCGCUGCCGGUUUUUUGCGGUGAGAUUCGCGCGUUUCUGAAGAAACAGACGGGCUUGGAAGCGACUCCCCAGCUGGACGCGCUUCUUUUCCUCGAGUCCGAUCCGUCGAGUCCGCUUUCAGAUCUCUUCCCUUUGCGGCAUCCGUGCUCACUGCUUCUCCAGCGCACGAGUGCGGCGGAGGCACAGGCUGCCCUUGACAUUGCUGACAGAGCUUUUCAUCGGCAGAAAGACAGCACACCUGCAGUCACUGACAUCGUGCGUUCUGCGUCCGUAGGAGACUUCCACGAUGUCUCUGCCGAAAAAGAAUCAGGGAGCAAACAAUUGGCACCUUCCCUCAACGGCUCGAGAGCUACCCCGAAUGUUGUUACCCCCGCCCGUACCGACCAAGUAGAUCCUUCGUCGAGUUCCGGCGGCCUUUCUCUGUCGACGCGCGAAGUUCCUUUCGCCUCCGGAGGCUCGGCUCUCGAAGGUGAAACUGGGGAAUCUGCAAAUAACGACGAGGAAGAUGAAGCUGCCCUACUGCAAGCCGUCAUUGAACAGCAUGCAGAGCACCGUGGACCGCAGACCAGCUCCUCGCAGGCCGUCGCCGGUGGUGGCUUUGCUUCUUCGGAGGGACGCUUCUCUGCCGGCUAUUCAUCGGGAUUCGGACGCGGACGGGGCUGGGGAUUCAGCGCGGGUCGCGGGUACCAGGCGCCUUCUCUGGGGGCUUCAGCUGCAGGCGCGGCACAGACUGCCUUUGGUGUCGGCCGAGGCGCUGUGGGCUCCAACCUCCCGACUGCGGCUGGCUACGUCCCCGUAGGUGAAGACUACAUUUGCCACAUGUGCGGUGAGAGAGGCCACCACAUCCGCAACUGUACGCGGUCAAACGACCCGCGGCACCAAAAAAAAAUCCGCCCCGCCACGGGCAUCCCCAGCAGCUUUCUUCGUGACAUCAGCGUGGACGACAUUCCACGUUACGCGGAGGUCUACAUCAGAAAAGAUGGAUCUUUCGCUGUGAUGAAGAACGCGAAGCAGAUGUCGUCUCUGUCGUACUUCUCGUCGGACCUGGACACAAAGAUUGAACGUCACGUCGGCAGUAGCGACGUAGCAGCGCAUCUGAAGUGUCCUCUUUGUGGCCUUCUCUUCUCGCAGCCUGUGGCAACGCCGUGCUGUGGAGAGAGUUUUUGUCGGGGAUGUCUGUUGCGGGUGUUGCACCCGAGUCGCGGCGGCACGGGAGGAUUUUUUCCAGGUGGCUCUGGGUUUGCCGGCGACAGCGAAAAGAACUCGGCAAAGAAAUCCGGGGGCUGUCCGUCCUGCGGCCGGUCCAUCGAUCUGCGCGACGUUCUGUGCAACACGGCUCUUCAGAAGAGUGUAGAUGCCAUUGUGCGUUCCACGUCUUCCUUCAAGGAACCGGAUGCGACAGAGUCCGCUCGUCCACCGUUCCCUCCCCUGUCUACUGUGCCGAGUGUCUCAGGACGAGUCGCGCCGAGUGCGAGUUCUUCGCAGCGAACAGCGAAUGGCGGGGGUGUGGCGCGCGAUGUGUCCAGCAGCGCUGUCAGCUCGUGUGCGGCACCACAUGCAUCGAAUAGUCCGGUCGCGUCCAGUGGUGCUAGCGGUGGAGAACCUUGCGCCAUGGCUGAGGAAAGGGAAGAAAAAAGGGAAAAGAAGGAAGGUUCGAAUGACGUGGUAGCCGCCGGGACAGUUGGGGUGUGGUGCGCGUCGGGAGAAGCAUCCAGUGUGAAGACAGAGCACGUAGAGAGAGAGGUUUCCUGUCCCCGCGAUGCUGUUGCGCUGAAGGAUGUUGUGGGGACGCAGACGCCUUCUGAGCCUGAUCCGUCGAAACGUGCACCAGGAGCGGCACUGGUAGAACCUGCAGCCGCUUCCGCACCGAGCAAUGACUCCUUGGAUCGGAACAGUGCGCCUGGGGACCACGGCAAUGACACACAGGGUGGAAACACCGUGGGUAGUAGCGCGACCAAAGGGAGACUUCCAGAGGAGGCACAGUCGGGGCUGCCACCGGGCGUAGACUUGCAGGAACUCGAAGAGCAACACAUAUUUGCGGCUGCAUACAUCGCUCAAUACCUUCAGCGAAGACGAGAGAAGAGGAAACGGCGGCGGAUACUCAAAAUUUGUGAUGGACGCCCAGAGGGAAUGGAGAAAGCAAAUCAAAGGUGACCUUCUGUAUGGUGACAGGAAAUCGGAUGCUAAUCGGUGCAGGGCAAGGAUAUAGGAGUGGCGUAACAGCUCUGUCAACUCGUCUCUUCGAGUUCCAAUUCCUCUUUAUCCGUCUGCCGUGGCAUCGGUGUUUGGUGGUACCAUUCCGUUAUGCUUCUUGUGUCUGUUUUUCGCGUCCUGGACAGUCCUCCUUGUUUUUCACAGGGCAUGGACUGUCGCUGUAUUGUUGGCACCCGCGGUGAUAGCUUUCUCGGACUUGUACAAUUUUGCUGGGACACAAUGACUGUUUAACUCUUUGGAGAUCUGCCUUUGGAAUGCUGCGCGCUCAAGUAGUCGAAGGACAUCUGUCGCCACAGCAGCGGAAGCCAUUAAAGGCUCACAGACUCACACCGCAAAACUGAUACCGCGAGGCGCUGCAAUAGAAGUGCGUGUGAAGACUUUUGUUUGCUACUCUUGGUCCCCUCAGCAUCUUGCGUCACGAAAUCAUUCACCGCUUUCGAUGGCAC